CUUUAAAGGAAGGGAAGAAAAACCUUGAGUAGUGAAAACUAACUAUAUGGAUAGAGGAAAAGAAAUUGACGGAGAAAGAGAGAAAGGGAAAGCAAACAACUCAUCGGUGUCAUCUACUGUACUUCGCAAGGACAUGGUCAAUCUACUAGAUUUCAUAGAGAGGUCAAACAAUGGAAGAGUUCAAAUUGCACUUGACAUGGAUCAAGCAGAAACACUGACAUUGGAGCUGACAUUUAUAUCAGUAUUUUUCCACCUUUUUUAUGCUGUUUUGGAUGACGAAAUGAUUUGUCUAUCAUAUGAGGUUCAUAAUCUGGUUCAGUUACUUUUUCAUCAGAAGGGAGAUGUCAAGCUGGCUAAACUAAUGAAUCGUUCCGUUCCUAGCCUCCUAAAUAACAUCGAAAGUUAUAUCAGGUCACAUGAUUGUUCUGAAUCAAGUGCUACCAUGACUGAGGAUCAUUUGGUUGAACAUUUAGAUGCCGUCCUCGUGUAUCUCCAAUAUCUACCCAAGUGUUGUGCUGAGUUGAUUUUCCCAAUAAUGACUCAAUAUGAGCUUCUUCAGAAUGUGUAUGGCAAUUUACGAGAUUUCCAUGAGUUAAAAGUAAAUGGUUGUGUUGAGUAUGACACAAUUGAGCAUGUCUUACGUCAGUUUCAAAUUAUGGUUCAGGGUGUAGGAAUCUUCUGUUUAAUCCUUUUGCGUUGUCAACUUGAUGAAAGAGAUGAAAAUGAUGAAAUACUUGUCAGAUCUCAAGUUGAAUCCAUGCUAGCAGAUCUACUUGUGGAUAUUAUUCCUGUUGAACUGGAGGUUAUGCACAUAUGUUCAACAAAUUUGAAAGCUUCAAAGUCAGAAAAAGUUGGAUGCUUCAUUAAGCAGCUCCAGAAAGCAUCUCCACAUAUCCUUAGAGAAUAUCUGAUUCAUCUACAAGAGGGCAUGGCUAAUAUAACUACUGAUAGCACUUCAACACGCAACAUUCAUGUCAUGAUAGAGUUCCUAUUGAUUAUUCUUACUGAUGUUCCCAACGACGUUAUUCAUCAUGACAAGCUGUUAGUUCUCUUGGAACGUGUUGAAGCACUUACCAGGGAGGUAUCCAUUUGUGUUAGCAACUUAGACAAGAACUUAAGGAAUGAAGAGAAUAUGAUUGAUACAAGAUAUGCAAGGCUAGACUCUCUGGAAAAUAUUGAACUCUUAAAGAAAGAUCUCAAGCAUGUUUUCUUGAAACCCCCUGCAGACUCAUCUCAACUCUACUUUCCCAUGAGUGAUGGACCACUCUUCAUGAAUCUUCUACUCAGAAACUUAAAUGACUUGCUCAACUCCAAUGCUUACUCGGUUGAUUUGAUAAAGGAAGAAAUCAUGCUGGUGAAAGAAGGUCUAGAGUUCCUAAGAUCAUUCUUUGGAAAUGUUGAGCAAGAAUUUGAUAAAGAUCUUCGUACUCGUGUUAUAGGUCUGGCAUAUGAGGCGGAACAUGCCAUUAAUUCAAUUAUUGUCAGAGAUCAUGGUCUCUUGCACCUUAUCUUUUUACUUCCUGAUACCAUAGAAAAGAUCAAGCUUAUCAAAGAAGAGGUACCGGCGAGGAUUUCCAAAAGCAAGGGUCUUACUGUUGGAAAUACUCCCAGCAAGACAGUUGAAAUUAAGAAGUCGUCAACCACUGAUCAGAUAAUUGUAGGGUUCGAGGAGGAGACAGAGUGGAUAAUUAGGAAGCUGACCAGUGGACCAGCAGAGGUUGACGUCAUUUCCAUAGUUGCCAUGCCAGGGCUUGGAAAGACUACUUUGGCUUACAGAGUAUUUAAUAAUAAGUCAGUUGUUGAUCAUUUCGACGUCCGUGCUUGGUGCACAGUUGACCAAGAACAUAAUGAGAAAAAGUUGUUGCAAAAGAUUUUCAAUCAAGUUGUUGGUCUGAAGCAGACACUCAAUGAGGAUGACAUUGACGAGGACAUUGCUGAUAAGCUGCGGAAAGAGCUGUAUGGAAAGAGGUAUCUUAUUGUCUUGGAUGACUUGUGGGAUAUUGAAACAUGGAAUGAGCUAACAAGACCUUUUCCUCAAAUUCAGAGAAGAAGUAAAAUUAUUUUAACAAGUCGGAAAAGGGAAGUGGCUUUGCAAGGGAAACACCACAGUGAUCCUCUUUAUCUUCGAUUGCUCACACGAGAAGAAAGUUGGGAUUUAUUAGUGAAAAGGGUAUUUGGAGAAGAACGUUGCCCUGAUGAACUAUUGGUCGUUUGAGAAGAAAUAGCCCGAAAGUGUGCAGGACUUCCUUUGUUACUUGAUCUGAUUGGUGGUGUCAUUGCAAGGCAGGAAAAGAAAAAGGCUUUGUGGCUUGAAGUACUAAAUAAUUUGAACUCCUUAAUUUUGAAGGAUGAAGAGGAAGUGAUGAAGGUUAUACAAUUAAGAUAUGACCAUUUACCAAAUCACUUAAAGCCGUGUUUGCUUUACCUUGCAAGCUAUCCAAAGGACAACUAUAUUAAAAUCUCUAAAUUGAAACAUUUAUGGAGUUCUGAAGGACUUGUGGAACACAUUGAAAUGAAGAGUGUCAAUGAAUUACUGGAGGUUUACGUGGAUGAGUUAAUUUCAAGUAGCUUGGUGAUAGUUUUCUAUGGGAUACAUGAUAGAAACCCGAUUUUCCGAAUUCAUGAUCUUGUGCAUGAUUUUUGUUUGAUAAAAUCUAGAAAUGAACAUUUGUUUGACGUUAUAAAAUCAAAUGCACCGUCUUCAUCUUCAGAUCUGAUGCCGCGUGCAAUGACCAUCCAUUACGAUCAGCAUCUCCAUUCGGAUGAAAAUUUUGUCCUGUUCAAUCCAGAAAAGCAAAAUCCUUAUGUCAAACACCUCAUCUCAUUGAAGGUAUACAAAGCUGGUGAUAUAGAAUCUUGGAGGCCCAAUCACCUAAGACACUUGAGGCUUCUUAAAAGUUUAGAGAUACGCCAAACUAUGGAUCCUUUGCUGAAUGAAAUAGGCAUGCUUGUUCAUUUGAGGUAUUUAAACAUUUGGACGAAGGUAGAAGCUCUCCCUCCGUCUUUUUCAAACCUCUUGAAUCUAGAAACUCUGAUGGUGUAUAACUCAGCAUCAAACAUGGUACUAUCACCCAGUAUUUGGAGCCUUGCAAAGCUUCGACAUGUUCACAUGUUCAUUUUUUCCGUCUUUGAGUCGCAUGCUGACGAACAAACAGUGUUAGAAGAGGACUCAAAGUUAGAGAAUUUGAGAAUAUUAUCUGGGCUCAAGAUUUCCGACUCGCAAGACAUAGGGGGCAUUUUCAAAAGGUUUCCCAAUAUCCGAAGUCUUAGAUUUGCCAUUAAAACAUCACAGUAUUGUCCAGCAGAGAAGAUUUGUUUUCCAAGAUUGGAUGUCCUCAGUGAACUCGAACAAGUUGAUGCAAAUUUUCAUGGUGAGGAAUGGAGAGAUAAAUAUCAGUGUGAUCUGUACUACUUCCCUUUGAGCUUGAAAAUAUUGAAGAUGACAAGGUUUGAUCUAUCAUCGAAUUCACUGUCAGGAAUUGCGAGACUGCCCAACCUUGAAAACUUGAGUCUACAAGAAGUAAUCAUUGAGGGAGGGAAAGAAUGGAACAUGGAAGAUGUCACCUUCGAGAAACUGAAAAUUCUCACAUUGUAUCAUGUGUCUUUUUCUGAAUGGCAGGUUAGAGAGGAAUCCUUUCCCAUGCUCGAGGAAUUACAAAUAGAAUGGUGUGAUAAGCUUAUGGAGAUCCCGGACAGUUUUGGGGAUAUUGCUUCAUUAAAGUCUAUCACAGUGUUGGGCCAGCCUCAACUAAAAGAUUCAGCACUAAAGAUUAAGGAAUAUGUUGCAGAAAUGACUGGCGUUGACAAGCUUGUGGUUAUGUAGUAUUGAGUUCCUGGACGAAGUGGGCAAAUCUUUAGCACAUAUAAGGUUGGCAUACAUUAAUUUUGGGCAGCUCAUCAACCAAUUGACGCUUCAAUGAUGGAUCGAUCCUCAAACAUCCGGACGGAUGCAAAAGCUCUCCCUCCGUUAUUUUCAUACCUCUUGAAUCUAGAAACUCUGGUGGUUGAUGUGCCAAGGAUGUUAUUCAUCAUGACAAAUUGUUCAUUCUUUUGGCAAGUGUUGGAGCACUUAGCAGGGAUGUCUCCAUUCUUUUUUGCAACUUAGAGUAGAAACCAAUCAUUGAGGAGAAAACCAAUGAAACGGACUUUGCAACUCUAGACUUGCUAAAAAACUCUGCUAGCGAAUCAAUGAUUAUUCUUUCUUUGAACCAACUGUGUUAUAAGAGGAUACAAAGUUAUAGGAACUGAGGAUACUAUACCAGCUCAACCUUUUUUGUUUGGAAGAUGGAGAAGGAUCUUUUUGUUGAGUUGUUGAGA